AUGACUGGUGUUUUUUGCAACAGUGCUAUUAAAGCCGCCGAGAACGAUCACGAUUUGGCGGUGCAGUCGUUAGUGCAAAUGCGAAAGGAACUGAAGGACCAGGUCAUGAACUUAUUCGAUACCAUUGACGAGCGUGGAUUGGGCCAGCUCACAAUCUCUGAGUUUGAGCGGCACUUCGCUGACGAUGCCGUCAAGGCGUUCUUCGAGGUUUUAAAGAUUGGAGCGGUCGAUGCGUGGACCCUCUUCACCAGUCUGGAUAAGGACGGGGACCACACAGUGAACGUGGAUGAGUUUGUCGAGCGAUGCCCUGUGGAGGUAGUGUGGCAAGUCUGCCGCAUGGUUGCCGGCGUCAGGGGCGUUCAAUCGAAUGGAAAGCAGCUUCGGAAGAUCGAGGAAGCACAGCAGUUUGAGCUCUUUGUUUUCAUGGAGUUGAAGGUGAUCGCAAGCAGUGAGACGGAAGGCUGUGCGCACAGUGCUUCCCUCAGGCACCUUGCAAUCAUUACGGCCUUUGCAGCGCAUUCGAAGGCGGCCGAGGAGCUCGGGAACCUGAAGGAGCUCGAUGAAGUCCUGCACAAACACACCGCGGAGGCGGACAUCUCGUGUGGUUCUUCCGCCGUCUUUUACAGAGCGGUGUGUGCCCACUUGGACACACGAUUUGAGAAGCUGGAGAUGCUUUUCCGAAGGCCACUAAACUGGAGCAUGGGACCGCAGCUGAACGGGGAUGACCAGCUCACCCCGGAGCAACUUUUCUUGUAUGUGUUUGUACGAGUCAUGACGGCAGAGAGCGGCCCACUGGAAUCAGUAGUGGAGUCACUGCCGAACAGCUCACAACCGGGCAUGCGGCCCAGCUACAUUCGCGAGGAUAGCCCAAGCAGCUACGAGAUGGCCAAGAAGACUGGCGAAGCUGUGACACAGGCCUUCUCCAGGAUUGGGGGUGCCAGCAAAGAACUGACAGAAAGACGCCUUGGGCCAGCUUUUUCGGUCUGGUACCGGUGUCGGCAGUGGGCAGCUGCAAUAGUGAAUUCGCAGAUCGCCAGCAUCUUCUUUGCGAUGGUGGUCAUGUCGAACUCAGUAUAUCUUGGAGUUCACCUCUCCUGGAGUUCCCAGAACACCGCGCAGACCGCGAAUCCUGUUUUCCUGGGAAUGCAUGUCGCAUAUUCUGUGCUAUUCACUCUUGAGGCACUGCUCCACUUGAUGGCGGUUGGGUUCACAGCCUACAUUUGCGGUCCCAGUUGGGCAUGGAACUGGCUGGACAUUUUUGUCGUGACUUCCUCGUGGAUCGAGUUGGCGGUCGACAUCGUGUCCCCAGAUCAUGAGACCAUGGGUGCCAAUAGCAACCUUCGAAUUAUGAGGCUCCUCAGGCUUGGCCGACUUGUCCGUGUUGUGCGCAUUGUCCGUGUGGUGAAGCUUUUUCGAGCGCUGCGAACGUUGGUGUAUUCCCUCCUUGGGACCCUGAAGUCGCUGUUCUGGUCCUUCUUGCUCCUGGCGCUGAUUAUCUACAUAUUCGGCAUCUUGUUUACUGAUGUUGUUCUGAACCACCUUUGGGAGCAGGCUGAGCAGGGGAUAAGUGUUGACACUGACACUGACGAAGUGCGGUUUUAUUUUGGUACACUCUACGUGUCCAUCAUCACGCUCUUCAGGUCGAUAUCUAACGGUAUCACUUGGAACAAGGCCGCCGAUGCACUGGAGCCGGUGGGCAUGUUCUGGGUACAAGUGUUUCACUUCUAUGUUGCCUUCUGCUCCUUUGCAUUGCUUAACGUAAUGACUGGUGUUUUUUGCAACAGUGCUAUCAAAGCUGCAGAACGUGACCAUGAUAUGGUGCUGCAGUCAAUGAUGCAAACGCGCAAGGAAUACCAAGAUGUUGUCAGCAACCUCUUCAAGAAGAUUGAUGAACGAGGCCUUGGACAUCUGACCAUCACGGAGUUCGAACGACACUUCGAUGAUGAUUCAGUACAGGCACUGUUUGAGUAUCUCCAAAUCGGUGCCAUGGAUGCCUGGACAAUGUUUAUCAGCCUUGACAAGGAUGGUGAUCACACAAUCAACGUGGAUGAGUUUACAGAGCGCUGCAUACAGCUUCACGGCCCCGCAAGAUCUGCGGACCUCUUUGCAGUGCGGCAGAACUGUGCAAAGCUGACAAAAGACCUACGCAAGAUGGAUGAGACACAGGAGCGGAUUGAAAUGGCCUUGGCGAUGAUCCUGCAACAGCAGGCCGCGAUCGCUGCGUUCAGUGUGUGA